AAACAACGUGGACAAGACCAUCUAUUAGACCAAAGAAAAGAAAAGAAAAGAAAAAAGAAAACCAAAAAUCAAAAGGUUUGCCUGUUCUCUCUUCUGCGCGCUGGACAAGGAAAAGACUCAUCAAAGAUUCAAGGGGGGUUUUAACUUUUAAUCUCUCUCUCUCUCUCUCUCUCUCAUUCCCAUGUUAAAUUAGAGGAAACCACUUCAAUUUUCCUACCUUUUGAAGCAGAAUCGUACUUGUUCUUGGUUGGAAUCAAGAAAAACAUAAGAAUAGCGAAGCUCAUUUUUGCUUCCAGAUCUAAUAUUGCAGCACAAACGCACACGCAUAUGUACAUGUAUACUUUUUUUUCUUUUUCUUUUUGCAUUUGUCCAUUGUCGUUGGAAGAGUGGUAGAUAGUGUGUGAGAAUCAGUAGGUAGUAGGACUAUCGACAUUAGGAUGCUUGGUGGAGGUCUCAAGUGUUGAUCGCGGCGUUACUGAAGUUUCUGAUCUCUCUCUGAUUGAAGCUGUUCAGAAAUGGCUGCUUUAAUCAGCUUAGGGAUAGGUUCUCUUGUUUGGGUAGAAGAUCCCGAUGUAGCCUGGAUAGAUGGGGAAGUUGUGGAGGUCAAUGGUCAAGAAGUUAAAGUUCUUACUACGUCAGGGAAGACGGUUGUUGUCAAGUCUACCAAUGUUUACCCUAAAGAUGCGGAGGCCCCGCCAUGUGGAGUGGAUGAUAUGACAAGAUUGGCUUAUUUACACGAACCAGGAGUUCUAUACAAUCUAAGGAGUAGAUAUGAUAUCAAUGAAAUAUAUACUUACACAGGAAAUAUAUUAAUAGCCGUGAACCCUUUUACAAGGUUACCUCAUCUGUAUGAUAACCAUAUGAUGCAACAGUAUAAAGGUGCUGCAUUUGGGGAGCUCAGCCCUCACCCUUUUGCUGUUGCAGAUGCUGCAUACAGACUAAUGAUGAAUGAUGGAAUAAAUCAGUCAAUUUUAGUUAGUGGUGAGAGUGGGGCAGGUAAAACAGAAAGUACUAAGCAGCUGAUGAGGUAUCUUGCAUACAUGGGAGGUCGAGCGGCAGCUGAGGGCAGGACGGUUGAGCAGCAAGUUCUGGAGUCUAAUCCUGUUCUGGAAGCAUUUGGUAAUGCAAAGACUGUGAGAAACAAUAAUUCGAGUCGUUUCGGUAAGUUCGUGGAGAUUCAGUUUGAUGACAAGGGAAGGAUCUCAGGGGCUGCUGUUAGAACUUAUUUGCUGGAAAGAUCCCGUGUUUGUCAAGUGUCUGAUCCUGAGCGAAAUUACCAUUGUUUCUACAUGCUCUGUGCUGCACCACAAGAGGAUCUUCAAAGGUACAAGUUGGGAGAUCCCAGAUCAUUCCACUACCUGAAUCAGACAAAUUGCUACAUGUUAGAUGGAGUUGACGAUUCCAAAGAAUACUUGGCAACAAGGAAGGCAAUGGACAUUGUUGGAAUAAAUGCUGAUGAGCAGGAUGGCAUAUUUCGAGUUGUGGCUUCAAUCCUCCAUCUUGGUAACAUUGAAUUUGCCAAAGGAAAAGAAAUAGACUCGUCUGUGCCCAAAGAUGAGAAGUCAUGGUUCCAUUUGAGAACUGCUGCAGAGCUGUUGAUGUGUGAUGCAAAGGCUUUGGAGGAUUCUCUAUGUAAACGAGUUAUUGUAACUCGUGAUGAAACCAUCACCAAAUGGCUUGAUCCUGAAGCUGCAGUUGUCAGUAGAGAUGCUUUGGCAAAAGUUGUAUACUCAAGAUUGUUUGACUGGCUUGUGGAUAAGAUUAACAGUUCAAUUGGUCAAGAUCCCAACUCGAAACUUUUAAUCGGAGUGCUGGAUAUUUAUGGGUUUGAGAGUUUCAAGACUAACAGCUUUGAACAAUUUUGCAUUAAUUUGACUAAUGAGAAGCUUCAACAGCAUUUCAAUCAGCAUGUGUUUAAAAUGGAGCAAGAAGAGUACACAAAAGAAGAGAUUAACUGGAGUUAUAUUGAAUUCAUUGACAAUCAGGAUGUUCUUGAUCUCAUUGAAAAGAAACCUGGAGGUAUUAUUGCUCUUCUUGAUGAAGCUUGCAUGUUUCCGAGAUCAACUCAUGAAACUUUUGCCCAAAAGCUCUACCAGACUUUCAAAAAUAAUAAGCGCUUCAGCAAGCCAAAACUGUCGCGUUCUGACUUCACUGUUUGUCACUAUGCUGGAGAUGUCACUUACCAAACUGAAUUGUUUCUGGACAAAAACAAAGACUAUGUAAUUGCUGAACAUCAAGAUCUUCUAAAUGCCUCAACGUGUUCUUUUGUUGCGGGUUUGUUUCCACCUACUGGUGACGAGUCCUCGAAACAGUCCAAGUUUUCUUCUAUUGGCUCAAGGUUCAAGCAACAAUUGCAAUCUUUGCUUGAAACUCUGAAUGGCACUGAGCCACAUUAUAUACGAUGUGUAAAACCUAAUAAUCUGCUGAAGCCAGCUAUCUUUGAGAAUCAGAAUGUUCUGCAACAAUUGCGCUGUGGGGGAGUGAUGGAGGCAAUCAGGAUAAGUUGUGCCGGAUAUCCUACAAGAAAACCUUUUUAUGAAUUUCUUGAUCGUUUUGGGAUUCUUGCACCUGAUGUUUUGGACGGAAGUAAUGAUGAGGUUGCGGCAUGCAAGAGGCUUUUGGAGAAAGUUGGUCUUGAAGGUUAUCAGAUUGGUAAGACAAAGGUGUUUCUACGGGCUGGUCAGAUGGCUGAGCUGGAUGCCAGGAGGACUGAGGUCCUAGGGAGAUCAGCCAACAUUAUUCAGAGGAAAGUUCGGUCCUACAUGGCACGGAAAUGUUUUACAUUGUUGCGUCAGUCAGCAAUGUAUAUGCAAUCUGUCUGCAGAGGAGAACUUGCUCGGCGAGUAUAUGGAAGCAUGCGAAGGCAGGCUGCUUGUCUAAGAAUCCAGAGGGAUCUGCGCAUGCAUUUGGCUAGGAAAGCCUACAAAGAACUGUGCUCCUCUGCUAUCUCAAUUCAGACAGGAAUGCGGGGAAUGGCUGCACGGAAUGAGCUUCGAUUCCGAAGGCAGACAAGAGCGGCAAUCAUCAUUCAGAGCCAUUGUCGCAAAUUCUUGGCCCAUUCAGACUAUAUGAAGGUGAAAAAGGCUGCAAUUAGCACACAAUGUGCUUGGAGAGCUAGAGUUGCUCGCAAAGAACUGCGGAAGCUUAAGAUGGCUGCCAGGGAAACUGGUGCCCUCCAAGCUGCUAAGAAUAAAUUAGAGAAGCAAGUUGAAGAAUUGACUUGGAGAUUACAACUGGAGAAACGCAUGAGGGUUGACAUGGAAGAAGCAAAGUCACAAGAGAAUGCGAAGCUACAAGCUGCUUUGCAAGAUAUGCAACAUAAGUUUAAUGAAACUAAAGAAAUGCUAAAGAAGGAACGUGAAACUGCCAAAAAGGCAGCUGAGCAGGUCCCGGUUAUACAGGAAGUCCCUGUUAUUGAUCAUGAAUUGAUGAAUAAAAUCACAGCUGAAAAUGAGAAACUCAAGGUAUGGGGUCCCAAAUUCUAUGAUUUACUUUUCUAUACGUUCUAUAGCAUGUAUAUCGUUCACGUAUUUUCUUUUAAAUCACAGGCCUUAGUCAGCUCUCUGGAAAAGAAAAUUGAUGAUACAGAGAAAAAAUAUGAAGAGACUAACAAACUCAGUGAGGAGAGGUUGAAACAGGCCAUGGAUGCUGAGUCCAAGAUUGUUCAUUUAAAGACUGCUAUGCAAAGACUUGAAGAGAAAAUCUUUGAUAUGGAAUCUGAAAACCAAGUUCUUCGGCAGCAAUCCUUAGUAACACCUGUAAAAAGGGCAUCAGAACAUUUGCCACCUUUAGCAUCCAAGGUAUUGGAAAAUGGCCACUAUUUGAACGAGGAAAACAGGACAAAUGACCAUUUAAGCCUUUCACCCACCAAAAAUUAUGAUACUCCUGAUAGCAAGCCAAGGAAGCCCCCAUUUGAUCGCCAACAUGAGGAUGUUGAUGCACUUAUUGACUGUGCCAUGAAAGAUGUUGGCUUUAGUCAAGGCAAGCCUGUUGCCGCUUUUACCAUUUACAAAUGUCUUCUCCACUGGAAGUCUUUUGAAGCUGAAAGGACCAGUGUCUUUGAUCGUCUCAUUCAGAUGUUUGGUUCAGCCAUUGAGAGUGAAGACAGCAAUGAUCGUAUGGCAUAUUGGCUGUCAAAUACCUCGACCUUGUUGUUCCUACUCCAAAGAAGCUUAAAAGCUGCCGGUGCUGGUGGGGCAACUCCAAUCCGUAAACAGCAAACUCCAACAUCUCUGUUUGGGAGAAUGGCAAUGGGAUUCCGCUCGUCUUCAGUCAACCCUGCUGCAGCUUCAGCUGCACUUGAUGUAGUGCGCCAAGUUGAGGCAAAGUAUCCAGCUCUACUUUUCAAGCAGCAGCUUACAGCAUAUGUUGAAAAAAUCUAUGGGAUUAUUCGAGACAAUUUGAAGAGGGAGAUUAAUUCACUCCUUUCGCUGUGUAUCCAGGCACCAAGGGCCUCCAAGGGAAGCGUGCUAAGAUCAGGAAGGUCCUUUGGUAAAGAUUCUCAAACAAGUCACUGGCAGGGAAUAAUUGAGUGCCUCAACUCUCUUCUUUGUACAUUAAAAGAAAACUUUGUGCCUCCAAUUCUUGUUCAGAAAAUAUUUACUCAAACAUUCUCAUACAUCAAUGUCCAACUCUUUAACAGUCUUCUUCUGCGGCGUGAGUGUUGUACAUUUAGCAAUGGGGAAUACGUAAAAGCAGGCUUAGCAGAAUUAGAGCUAUGGUGCUGCCAGGCAAAGGAGGAGUAUGCAGGCUCAGCUUGGGAUGAACUCAAACAUAUAAGACAAGCUGUUGGUUUCCUGGUUAUACAUCAGAAGUACAGAAUAUCUUAUGAUGAGAUUACCAAUGAUUUGUGUCCUAUUCUCAGUGUUCAACAGCUGUACAGAAUUUGUACUUUAUACUGGGAUGACAACUAUAAUACUCGAAGUGUAUCCCCUGAUGUCAUAGCCAGCAUGAGGGUUUUAAUGACUGAAGAUUCUAAUAGUGCCGUUAGUAGCUCCUUUUUAUUGGAUGACAAUUCCAGCAUUCCGUUCUCAGUCGAUGAGCUUUCAAAUGCACUCCAAGUCAGGGACUUUUUAGAUGUCAAACCAGCAGAUGAGCUUCUCGAGAAUCCAGCCUUCCAAUUUUUACACGAGUGAGGCCAAGGAACCUUGAGCAUGCUUUACUAGCAGUUCUAUCCUCGUUAAUAUGCACGAUGGGUAUAGUCUGUUGUAAAUCUAUUCUUUUUUUUUUUUUUCCAUUCAGUUUUUCAAAUAUAUAGGUUGCUAUAAAAUUAUUUUUUGUGUCCAAAAAGUCUCAUAGCAAAAAGGGUAGGGGCAUCAUUCAGGAUAUAUUUUUUUUUGGGGUAUGGGGUCUUCAUGCUAAAGUUGAAAGCAUUCAUUUUAGGGACUUAGGGGGGUAAAAUACAUAUAAUUUUUUGUAUCUUGGUUUGAAGUUUUGUUAGUAUAACUUUCCAAUAUCAUUUGUAAUUCAACAAAAAGUUGGAAAAGACAUUAUAUACAAAAUAUUUUUUGAUUGGUUUCUA